UUUGCGGUCCUCUUCUCAGCAUAUGCCAACGCAGUGCUCUGCGACCUGUGUGUGGCACCAGGGCAUCUUGGGUGUGAGACAAUGGAAGAACUGGAUGCCUUGUUGGAGGAACUGGAACAUUCUACCUUCCAGGAAAGUGAUGACUACUCCAAGGCAGCUUCCCCUCCCUUGGAUCAGCAUUCCAGAAAGGAGAGUAACCUUGCUGAGACUUCAAAGGUCCCUUCCAUUCCUGAUGACACGAAUCCCUUUCCGGUGCAGCUUGUGUAUACUACCGAGAUCCAGGAACCCAAUGUCUACAGUGAGAUUCAAGAGCCGAAGGCAUCACCACCAGCUUCUAAAACCUCGGCCGCCGCACAGCUGGAUGAGCUGAUGGCCCAUCUGUGUGAAAUGCAGCGUCAGGUUACAGUGAAAGCAGAUGCCAGCAAGAAACCCGUAUCUGACGAGCAGGAUCACAAGGCCUCCCUGGACUCCAUGCUGGGGGGCUUGCAGCAGGACUUGCAGAACCUGGGAAUUGCCACAGUGCUCAAGGGCCACUGUGCCUCCUGCAAGAAACCGAUCGCUGGAAAGGUGAUCCACGCGCUGGGGCAGGCCUGGCAUCCCGAGCACUUCGUGUGCGCCCACUGUAAGGGGGAGAUCGGCUCCAGCCCCUUCUUCGAGCGGAGCGGCCUGGCCUACUGCGCCGAGGACUACCACCGCCUCUUCUCUCCGCGCUGCGCCUACUGCGCCGCCCCCAUCCUGGACAAAGUGCUGACGGCCAUGAACCAAACCUGGCACCCGGAGCACUUCUUCUGCGCUCACUGUGGAGAGGUGUUCGGUGAAGAAGGCUUUCACGAGAAGGACAAGAAGCCGUAUUGCCGGAAGGACUUCCUGGGCAUGUUCGCACCCAGGUGUGGCGGCUGCAACCGGCCAGUGCUGGAAAACUACCUUUCGGCCAUGGGCACCGUCUGGCAUCCAGAGUGCUUCGUGUGCAGGGACUGCUUUAGCGGUUUCUCUACCGGCUCCUUCUUCGAACUGGACGGGCUCCCCUUCUGUGAGCUGCACUACCAUCAGCGCCGGGGGACCCUCUGCCGCGGGUGUGGGCAGCCCAUCACGGGCCGCUGCGUCAGCGCCAUGGGCCACAAGUUCCACCCCGAGCACUUCGUGUGCGCCUUCUGCCUGACUCAGCUGUCCAAGGGGGUCUUCAAGGAGCAGAACGACAAGACCUACUGUCACGCCUGCUUCAGCAAGCUCUUCCCCGUGUGAUCUCAGCUGAACCCACACACGCCCUCUUCCGAUCUGCGUGAAAAUUGAAGCCAAGAGAGGCAAGCGUACAUUUCUAGUUCCUGACUUUCUGCUCAGUAGGCUUAGAGAGAAAGCCGAGGUGAUGGACAAGGAAGGGAGCGUCUAGAGGUGACGUGACUAGGCUUGAAGUUUUGAUCUCAAGCCUUUUUUUUUUUUUUUUAACAAUGCAGUUGAAUUUUGAUCUGGGGCCUGCUAUCUAGGGCCUCGGCAGGUGUAUCUUCACAUGCACGCAUCCAUUCCACUCCUGCCCUCCUCAGCUCUCUCCACUCUCACCUCUAUUGAUGGUCCUGCAGAUCCAUCUUCUCUGCUUGGCCUUAGGAACUGGGUCUUUUCAGCUACCCCCGUUUCCCUGUGGCUGACUUUCCCACAGUCACUGCUGCGGGCUUUGUUCCUGCUUUUUUUAAUAGGAGGAUGAUUGCUUUACAACAUUGUGCUGGUCACGGUAGGGCUUUAUUCUUGCUGUUAGGCAUCAUGUGUCACUCUUAAGUUCCUUGUCUUUCCCUUCAGUGUAUUUCUCCUUUUCAAGAGAAAGUAGAUUUUAACUGGAAAACUUUGAAUCCUGACAUCACUGAUAAAUAAAGGAACUUGUGGUUUUAA